AUGUCGAUAUCCAGUAAGAUCAACAAAGUCUCCAGCUGCGUGGAACUAGCCAAAAGGCUCAAGGAUGCCCGUUCAAAACGAAAGACUUAUUUCUGCCCCCCACGUUUGACGCUCGGGCAAAACGGCCCCAAACCCCAAUCGAAGCCCGUACGGCGAUUCGACGCGCCAGGUAAAGAUCACCUCCACGAAUUGGAUGGCGUUAAAGACGUACAGGGAACUUGGAUCCGGGAGCCAGACAAUUUGUGA